AUGAUUCUUAAUCAGUCUUUGUUUAACGCUACCAACCAAGCAACAAGCCACGAUCGAUCGAUCGCUAAUCGCCCUGCAGUAAAAAUCGUCCCGCAGUCAACAAAAAAAAACCGCCCCCGCACGACCUCCUCCUUCUCCCGCGCAUCCUCCCGCAGCCGCGCCGUUCGCUUUUCACCGCUGCCGCGGGUCGCCGUUCACCGCUGCCGCCGGUCGCCGGGACGGGAGCCUCCCCGCCGCGGGUCGCCGCCUCCGCCCGCGCCCUUCACCGCGCGCCGCCGGAGCCGCGGGUCGCCGCCUUCGCCCGCGCCCUUCACCGCGCGCCGCCGUAGCCGCGGGUCGCCGCCGGAGCCCGCGCCCUUCACCGCGCGCCGCCGGAGCCGCGGGUCGCCGGGAGCCUCCCUAGCCGCCGGAGCCGCCCCGCCACACUGCCACUCUGCCGGAUUCACAAGGAGCUUUUCAAGACCAAAUGCUUCCUCAAUCAAGCUGUUUGGCAACAACAAUGCCAAGGUUCAGUUCGGCAAGGAAGCCCAACAACUUUUCACAAUGACCACUAUGACAAGUAUUCUGGCUUGGUAAAACAAGAAGAUUCUGACGGUGCGGACAGAUGUUAAUAAGGAGGUUAUCUGGUCCUCUCGACUACCAGCGAGGCCAAAAAGUGUAGAUAUAUGCCUAAGUGUAUGAUAUCAUGGCAUUCACACGCUUCACUCCAUCUAAUACAUCAAACAAAGUGAGCAGUGGCGGAGCUAGACGAAAACCAUUGGGGGGCGAAACGUAAAUGACAAAGAGCUGGGGGGGGGGGAGGAUAAUUUUCACCUCAUCCUGGCCCUUCAAAAAAAAAUUCUUCAGGGUUUUCUCCAAAGUUGGGGGGGCCACGGCCCCCCUCGGCCCCAACAUAGCUCCGCCGUUGUGUAGGAGGGUGAGAAGAUUAGUCCUCAAUUAGUUUCUUGUUUUAAUUUGGCUUAACCUCUAAUGCACGUGAAUUGUGAGGUAUUUGUUGUGCGGGCAUGAUGAGGUUCUAAAGCUUUGUACCAAAUUCCAGGUUUGUGUAUUAAUGAAAUUGGUGUAAAAUUAACAGUUAUCUUCUCUGAUUUUAGAAGGGUGGAGUUCAGGUUUGUGUAGUAAUGAUAGUCAAGUUAUUCCACCUCCUCUAUCGACAAUUGGUAUUUCAUCCUUGAAGGUGUUCCUUUAGAAGGGCAGAGUUGUAGAAACACCGGAUCCCCGAUGAAGAGUCAAGUUCAGUUUGCAACUUUUCUUUCAUUUAGUGAUAUAUUGAGCCUUAGAUUUGCAUCACAGGUGAGAUAUUGAACCCUACGUAUAGUUUAGUUUAGUUUAGAUGAAUGAUGUUAAUAUUUUGAUACAUUGUUUAAGUAAGGAUUAUCAUGAAUGCUAACUGAUGAAAUCUGUGCAUCCAAGAUGGCAUAAGAUCAGACUUCACUGUAUAUAAAUGAUUGUUGUUUGCAGAGGGUGAUCAUCACGCCACUGAGGAUAGUGUCGCCGUCGGUGCCGAGGCUGAUUGUCGACCGCCCGGAUCUGGGGGCGCCGCUCAGGCCAGGCGUCCGCACCAUGAUGCUGCCAUCUUCCUACGAGUCAUUGCUAGCUGGAGUUGAUCGGUAACUGGUUGAUUUGGCCAUUAAUCGCUUACCCUGAUCUCUCCAUUUCAUAUAGGUUAGCUUGGCUAGCGUCCGUCUUGAUUAUGCAUAUAUUCGCAAGACAAAUAGGCCUACUAUAGCAUAGUCAAAAUUGGUAGCACUAUCUAGAAAAGUUGUAUAUUUUUGGUGAAGUUCUCAAGUUGUGCAUUGUGGUAGUGUCCCUGCUUCAUCUAUAACAACAUCUGCACCUCACUGCCAAGUUGCUGGUGAGCCUCAUCCACGCUAAAGAUGAGGGCGUCAAUUGGGCCUUCUCAGUUUGUUCAAAUUGCAAGUUUGACUGAUUCCCCCUCUAAUUUAGGUUGUGAGCCCCUUCGAUUAAUUCCUUGCUAUAACUCUGUAGUGACGGUAUCGAGUUUCAAGGAUUUUGGGUCCAACUCUGUAUGAAUACUGUUUCUUUGCCGCAAUUUGGUCGAUCCAAUCUAAAAAACGAGACCAGAGAGGCAAGCACCCCUCGGCAUAUUUUUAUAGGACAUACCUAGAUUUUUAUAUUAUAAUCAGAUGGACACACUGUUUGAAGUAGUCUUGCAGUAGAUAGUGUUAAGAUGUGCUAUAUGGGAUGAUAUGAACCAAAUAGCAAAAGCAUUGUUGUUGCCUAUGCUACUAAAACAAUAUGGAUACAACAUUAGCUAAAAGGCUAUUUUUAUAUUUAUUCAUCUUCAAAUCAUUCAUUUUUCUUUAACUUUUUAUUUGCUUCCUCAUUGCGUUCUUGAUUUUCAGGUAACAUAAUUGAUAUGUUUUAGCAUUCAAGGUGUAUGUUCACACAAAACUGUUUUUACAUGUCACAAUGUUUGUGAAUGGAGCAGCAACACAUUUUUUUACAUUUUAUGGGCAUAUGCCAAGAUCUCUUAUGCUCCUAAAAAGGAUCUGAUCUUGAUAUACAUGUCCUUGGCACUUUCAGAAGUAUGUAGACCAUCUCCCGGUACAUGUAGAAAUACCAAUUUCAGAAAUAUGUAAAGGGACCUUCUCUUGGUCCAUGUAAAUAGCACUUUCAGAUAUUGUAAAUGUGCAAAUAUACUUUAAAACACCUCAAUACGAUUAUAUGUUC